AUGGACCAACAGCAGGGAAGGGGUCGUUCCCCUUCUGCUGCCGCACAUCAGCAACAGCCUCAUAUAAAUCAAAGCCACUCUCCUUCACCCGCCCGACCAUACCCUGCUGAAGCCUCAAACAUCGGCCUAGGUAUUGAUUUGGAAUCUCAAGCACAGCCCUUUGCCGCCGGCACCUCGGACUACUCCACCUAUAACGGCAGCAACUUCCUUGACCCUCAACAGGGCCAGUCCUUCUCGGGUGACCCGUCGUUUCAGAGCUUCACAGCACAGCUGGAGGGAACCAACGACCUCUCCUCGUUUGCACAGCAGCAGCAGCAACAGCAACAACAAGUACCCCAGCACACUCUAUCAAACAACUUUCAGGACGACUUCACCAUCUUCCCCUCUACAACAGGAGAGCAACAGUACGGUACUUCCCUAUUCGCCGGCGACCCGGGACUUAACCCGGCCCUUGGCGGUCCGGACAACAGCAUGGCAUCGGCGCAACCACACCACAGCCCCACACCACCUCACCUACUGAACCAGGAACCAACGUCAGCUCAUCACUCUCCCAACUUCAACCAGAAUCAAUUUGCGCAGCGUCCGAGGGGUCAUUCGCGCAACGCAUCCCUUGGCGUUGAGGCUGCCUUGCUUCCCGGCCAGGACUGGAGCAACGUUCCUCAAUUUCAAUCACACAGGAGAAGCCCUUCUGAAUACUCCGACGUGUCGUCUGUCGGCCACUCGCCGAACCUGAUCGCCAACGACAGCUUCGAGCAUAUGGACCCGAGUCAUUCCCCUAUGCAACGCCCUCAGGACCCCGCCGUACUUCAGGAGCUCCACGGUAUUGGUAGCUUCACCAUUUCUGACAGGGGCCGUAGUCCGUCUCAUAGUCCUGCCAUCUCCCCUAGAAUACUGCCUCAGCAGCAAAUGGCCGACGUCACUCAACACAACUUCACCCUGGGAAGCAAUGGCUUCGUCGGUGCUCCGCCCCCUCAGUACGGCCUGCAGGCCCCUGAGGCUUUCCCCCAACUCCAACAGACCAGUGCCCCGAGCGAGGCAGCUCAAAGUAUGCCUCAGCUAGCCGCUCCUACCAUCAACAUCGAUUAUGCCCCACCACCAGUGCGGAGCAACUUUGACGGCAGGUCGUCAAUGGAUACGGAUGCUCUGACACCCCCAGAACGAGGUCGCCAGCGUGCCAGACCCAGGGCUGUCACUGAUCCCUACAACAGUGGUGCUUACCGGCAGACACAAGGGGGCUCAGCAUCUCCUCAUCUCAGUGCUACACUGUCCCCUAACAGGGAUGAUUCAUCUCGGUCUCUCUCGCCUCUUGACCGUCAGCAGUCUGCUUCUCCUAGUAGAAGACGUCAAUCAACAUCUGCUGUGCCUAACAACGUGAUUGCGCUUCGCCUUGUGGAGGGUGAGAGCAACGCAGACACGUCAGGGGGACCCAAGCGCGUGCAGAAACACCCUGCAACAUUCCAAUGCUCACUUUGUCCCAAACGUUUCACCCGUGCCUACAAUCUGCGCUCUCAUCUUCGCACUCACACAGACGAGCGGCCUUUCGUGUGCACCGUCUGUGGCAAAGCUUUCGCACGACAACAUGACCGGAAGCGCCACGAAGGUCUCCAUUCCGGGGAGAAGAAAUUCGUAUGCAAGGGUGACCUCAAGGCUGGCGGACAGUGGGGCUGUGGUAGGCGCUUUGCCCGUGCUGACGCGCUUGGACGACAUUUCCGCUCCGAAGCUGGUCGCAUCUGCAUCAAACCACUCCUUGACGAGGAAAUGAUUGAGCGACAACGACAAUGGGGCGAGCAGCGACUCGCGGCGCAACAAGCUGCCGCAGCGCAACAGCAGCAGAUGGCUAUGGGCGGUCUCAUGGCACCGCCUGCCCUUGACAAUCAAGGUUACCCAGCUUCAGGAGGAUACAUGCUUCCACAGGCGCUGUUGGCGCAAUACCCAGCGCUUGCAAACAUGGACUGGGGAGCAGCAAACAUGCAGGGCGACGUGAGCGACAUGGGAGAUGAUCUGAGCGGUCGGUCGAGCUUUGAUGCUUCUGACCUUGAGAAUGAGAAUGAUGACGGCUAUGUUUCUGGACCAGGGACUGGAUUCGGCCCUGGGGGGAUGACUGAGGGCUUUGGCGAAAUUGGUUAUGCUAGUGACUAUGGUGGCCGUUAA